UAGAAUUUGGUGGGUGAGUAGUCUUGGGCCCAGGCAUGGAUUCCUUUUGUCACGGUAAGUAGAUCAGCAUCAUGCUUCUCCCCACAGACACUUCCCAUGCCACAUACAGCCAACCAUGAGGCUGGGCAGAGAGAACUUCCUGAGCCUCCCAGAUCACCAGGAACUAUCAUAUGACCAGACGAUGGUCAGAGCAGGAAAGAUGCUGAUGAUGAGAUGGGCUUCCUUUCAUCUGAAACGAAGUUUCUAUGAGUAAUUCACAAUUAAGAAACAGAUUAAACCCUUACUUUCAACAGAUUCAUAACUUUUAAGAAAGAACUUCCCCUUUGACAAUCCCAAAAGGAUUGUGGAAAACAAUGUAAACAGCAACAAGGAAAAGUCCUGCUGAUUGGUGGAAACUUUGGAGGCCAGGUGUAUAAAAGGUCCAGAUUGCAAGGGGUCAUCACAUUCUGGGAAACUCACCUCUGAACAGAAGCCCACCUUCCACCCCUGACACCAUGACCAACUGUUGCUCCCCUUGCUGUCAGCCUACGUGCUGCAGGACCACCUGCUGCAGGACCACCUGCUGGAAGCCCACCUGUGUGACCACCUGCAGCAGCACACCCUGCUGCCAGCCCACCUGCUGUGUGUCCAGCUGCUGCCAGCCUUGCUGCCGCCCAACUUGCUGUCAAAACACUUGCUGCCAGCCCACCUGUGUGACCAGCUGCUGCCAGCCUUCCUGCUGCAGCACACCCUGCUGCCAGCCCACCUGCUGUGGGUCAAGCUGCUGUGGCCAAACCAGCUGUGGGUCCAGCUGUGGCCAGACCAGCUCCUGUGCCCCUGUCUACUGCAGAAGGACCUGCUACCACCCCACAUGUGUCUGCCUGCCUGGUUGCCUAAACCAGAGCUAUGGAUCCAGCUGCUGCCAGCCCUGCUGCCGCCCAGCCUGCUGUGAGACCACCUGCUGCAGGACCACUUGCUUCCAGCCCACCUGUGUGUCCAACUGCUGCCAGCCUUCUUGCUGCUGA